CGCAGUGAUGUUUGUUCGCUCGUGCUAGCUCAAGCGUUGCAUUUAUGCUCAUGCCGUAGCGAUCUCGUUUGCGCUGUGAACGAUAAAAAUCCUGAUUUUUGCAUGUUUGAAAGCUUAGUCUGAAAGAAUACAGCCAUCAAUAAUAUUUGUAAAUGCAUUCAUAGUCAGUAUCAAUUACUGACCAAGAGAAAGUUUGUUUGUAAAAUUUUCUCGAGUGUCUCUCCAGCACGUUACAUCACGUUAGUCGGAACACGUUUCUUACUCGAUCGAAGGGAAAGAAGGCGAGCCUAAAUUAGCAGGUGAAAAGUCGUCUGACGAUGGCACAAACGGGCUUAAACAAACUUUUUUCCCAGCUUGGCAAACUUGGCAUUGGGCUUGCAGUGGUUGGUGGCGUUGUAAACACAGCUCUUUACAAUGUUGAGGCUGGUCACCGGGCAGUGAUUUUUGACAGAUUUUCUGGGGUCAAGGACUAUGUGAUGGGAGAAGGCACACACUUCCUAAUCCCAUGGGUUCAGAGACCCAUCAUUUAUGACUGUCGAUCACGUCCUCGCAAUAUUCCAACCAUCACUGGAAGCAAAGAUCUUCAGAAUGUGAACAUCACCCUGCGUAUCCUGUUCCGGCCAGAGGUAUCCAAUCUUCCCAAGAUGUAUGUCAACCUGGGUGAAGAUUAUGACGAGCGAGUGCUGCCUUCCAUUACCAAUGAAGUCCUAAAAGCUAUUGUGGCCCAGUUUGACGCCAGUGAGUUGAUCACACAGAGAGAGUUAGUGUCCCAGCGAGUGAAUGCUGAGCUGACGGAGAGAGGUGCCCAAUUCGGUCUCAUCCUGGAUGAUAUCUCUCUUACCCACCUGACAUUUGGCCGGGAGUUUACGGAAGCUGUGGAGAUGAAGCAAGUGGCACAACAAGAUGCAGAGCGAGCCAGAUUUUUAGUGGAGAAAGCCGAGCAGCAGAAGCAGGCCGCUGUCAUCACGGCGGAGGGGGAUUCCCAGGCUGCUAGCCUGCUGGCGACAGCCUUCACCAAGGCCGGAGAUGCCCUGAUUGAGCUCCGCAAGCUGGAAGCCGCUGAAGAUGUCGCCUACCAGAUGUCACGGUCCAGGAACAUCAACUACCUCCCUCCGGGACAACAGACUCUGCUAAGUCUUCCCACCAUGUAGCAUCCGCAUUCCACAUUUUCACUUGAUAGUGUAGCAUGCCGGAGUUAAGCCUUCUUUUGGAAAAUGAAUGCAACCAGAUUUUUUCUGUCAUUAUUUUUGAGAGAUUUAAGCGAUUCGUUUGCAUGUAUUCCUGUUACAUGGUUAAAAGAAUCAACAUAUAAAUGUCAUAAGUUUAAUUUACUACAUUGUUGUGAAAGGCUGCCAAAAAUAAUCGAAAUCAGUCUUUAAGAAGACACAUUUUUUGCAGGUUGCAUCUGAUUUUAGAAAAGUGAUAAUAUGGCAUUCUUGCACACUCAUCAGUAGUCAGUAGGUUCAGUAGUAUUACAUGCACAUGUAUUGAGAUAAAACCGAAGUGUGAUUUCCCCCUCAACUCCGUGAAGGCCUACCCCUAGUGCAUCUGAGAAGGCCUAAUUAUUUAAUGUACAUUUGUAUUAAACCGACACAACCAACCCGAUAGAAGUUUGAAAAAUGUGUUGGACAAGUUGCAGAGCAUCAGUUGGUUGAAGCUUAAAUGAAAGCAACAGAAAACUGCCCCUCCCCUCCCCAUCUAAGUAAAUUGGUCUCAAUCAUACGGCAGACAAACAGCUCAGAUCUAGAUUCGGAAUCAUCUUUGAAGGAUUAAUCAUUAAACAGAACGGAAAGCCUUUGGGACGGCGGGGAAGACUCAAAUUUGUGUACAGAACUAAUUAAGUACAUUGCGAGUGUUCACUGUCUGCCGCAGUUUUCGUUUGUCAUAUCUCAAGCGUGUCCGUGCAUCGGUGUCCUUCCUGCAGUCAAUCCUUUGUGGACCCUGCUGGAGUUACUAGGCAAGCAUUGUAAUGCUUGAAACUUCAAAAGAUUAAUAAUACGUGCAUUUCUCUCUCAAGAAACCUGACCACUGUUAUUGGGGCAAAGGUCUUUCCCUUCUUGCAUCCGUAAAAUGGUAACGGUUAUGGUAGUCAUUACCAUGACAGUGGCAGUCCUAUUAAAACCACAAGUGUAAAAAGUAGUUUGAGGGGCCAGGAAUGGGGGCCAUGAAAGGGGGCCAUGGGACUGUAUCAAUAUUGUUGGGUUGCAAAAUGGCUUACUUGGUAGCAUUUAGCAUACACGGGCAGAAGCUACAUUUCGAUAUUAGUUUACUGAAGCAACGUACCUGCGUAUAUCAUCCAUUCUAGAUCCUUUGCAAGGCUGCGUAAUUUUUUACCCGGAGAGGUACUCAUAAAAAUACCUUUUUGCGUGCUCUGGUGAUAGGGUUAAACAGAUCUUUUGUCAGUAGACCCAUAAAACCAAUCCUUUGGGGGAAAACUGCAUAUGUAUCUUCAGUGGCUGUGGAUGCGUUCACUGUUUUUGUAGAUGUCACUGAUUUUGUGAAUAUUGAAACAGAAUUUUUAGCGAAUAUCUAUAGGUGUGCCGCUUACGGAAGGCUAAUCAAAGGAAAUCCAGAUUUUUUUAACCUCAAAACACCGUUUGAUCCCAUGGUACAUUCAAAUGUAAAAUUUUAUCAAACAAAUCACAUGUUAAGUUGUGUUUGAUAAAUCUUUCAUGUUACUUUAGCAGGUAGGCUUUCACACAAGGUUUGACAGCCCAGGAUCAAUAAAAACGUAAUGACACUUGAUUGAAACAUUCA